GAGAGGAUGUGGAGUCUCUGCUGCCUGAGCCCUACGGAACCCAGGGAGUCUGGGAGCAAGGAGAGGUGCUUUCUGGAGAAUCUAACCCUGGGGAGCAGACGGGGCAGAUCGGAGCAGAGAGAGAGACUUCUCCUGAAGUCAGACAGGGCAGUGGGGGCAGAUCAGAGCAGGGAGCGACUGUGGAUUGUCCCCUCCUGACCCCAUUGAGGAGCAGAAGCUGCUGGGCUGUUUCCAUCCUGAUCUGUUCCCGCCACCACUGUGAUGAUCCUGUCUCUGUGCCUCUUGCUGCCCGCGCUGAGUCCCAGCAGCCAGGAGAUCUGCUCAGCUCCCGGUGAUUUCCCUGCCCCUGUCCUCCGCCUGAGCCUGACAUCCGCCCGGCCAGGGGAAUCCGUGUCGCUCAAGUGCUCCAUGCUCUCCCAGCACCUGCCCACCCGCGUCGUCUUCUGCAAGGAGGGAGAGGAGGUUUCAUCCCAGCGGGGUUCAAAGGAGAAGGCCACCUACAACUAUAACCAUGUGGUGUCCGGCGGCAGCUCCAGGAAUUACACCUGUGGGUAUGAGAUCAAGGAUAGCGACAACCAGGUGAACAGAUCCCAGCUCAGCCCUGCCCAGCACCUCAGCCUCACUGGUGAUGACUCCAGCAGCGGCAGUGUCGGGGGUUCCUCCCCACAAGGGCCAGACGUGUUGUCCAUCGUCAUCUGGACCACUCGCUGCAUCCUGGUUUUGCUCCUCCUGGUGUCUGCUCCCGUCAUCACCUUCAUGCUGGAGAAAUGGAGCCUGACUCAGCCUGCGGGGCUGAAGGAGACUCGUGAGGGGAGUGUCAGCAUUUUGCGGGGGGUGAGGGGGCAAUGGGGAAUCCCCAUUGACCAGCUGUGAGCAAGAGGAAGGGUGGGGCAGGGGCUGGGGAGAUACCAGUGACCAGCUCUGAGCGGGUGUUGGGGAGACACCAUUGGUCAGUGGUGCACAAUAGGCCCCUGUGGUAACAGUUUUUGCCCAGGUAACUCCUGCAGCCUCCUUCAGUCCCCCUCCCUUCCCCCAACAGGGACAUUGUCAGUCACUGACUAGGGUUGCCAACUUUCUAUUGGCUGAAAAGCAGAUCCCUGAGGCCUCGCCCCUGCCUGCCUCUUCCCCCAAGGACCUGCCCCUUCUCCACCUCUUCCCAGCCCCCCCACCCCCCGCUUGGUCCUCUCCUGUCUCCCCCCAUCACUCUCUGCUCUCCCCCGCAUUCCUCCUCUCUGGAUCGUCUCCUGCUCCCUUCCCUGCUGGGCUCCCUCUGGUCUGGGGCUGAGCUGGGAGCUGCUGGGGUGGGUUGAUGACCUGACGCCUCUCCCCCUAUCCCAGUAACUGGACCCUCAAGGUACAGCUGACUGGACACUGCUAGGUCCCCUUUUUGCACCUGGCAUUGGCAACCCCCUGCCCUGCAGCCAGCAGACCUCUGCUCACUCCCAGCCAGGCCAGGGCCACGCCGAGCUCUGUCAGAUCUUAGCCCUGCCAUGAACUGUCCCAGCCAGACAGCCAAGCCCAGCUCCUUCUUUCUGUACAAAUAAUCCCUCCUGCAGAGGGGCUGUAAAUUUAGAGGAGGAGGAUGAGCUAAUGGUUAAGGCACCAAGUUAGCACUUCUAGAAAUUUAAGGUUCAGUUCCCAGCUCUGUUACAGAAUCCUUGGGCCUGUCACUUCCUUUCCCUGGGCCUCAGCUCCCCAACUGUGAAAUGGGGACAAUAAUUCUGCCUUGUCUCAGGGGAGAAUUUUCAAAGCCCAUAAGGGAUUUAGGAGCACAAAUGCAUGAUCAUGCUCUGUGCCCACUGCCUUGUGCACCUAAGUCCCUCAGGACUAUUUUCACCUUGAGGUAAACUGGAAAAAGCCUCUCAUGCACUGGAGUAAGAGUGUCCCCACUGGGAGUUAUCCCGGGAUAGCUGUAGUGGUUUAGCUAGGCCAGCAUAGUUUUGCUGGUCAAUUUCCCCCUGCAGAAGCCGUUAGUGUCUGUGCAGCUCCCAGUGCAAAGGAGCCUGGGGUUUCCAGGGCUGCUGUAAUAGAAAUUUUCCAGUUGAUUAUAUAUAUCUCCUGCUGUCUGGUUCUGUUCCUUCAGUUCUAACCCCACUGUGACACUCCCCAACCAGCGGGGAAUCUCAUGACAGCCUCAGCUAAAAACAGAGAUCAGAAAGCCAUGAUUUCAACCCUCCAAUCUUAAGCCAGAAAUGAAAUGGGAUAUGGAGCCUUUCCAAUAGAGGGGACUCAGGCUCUCGUCCAGUCCCAGGUUGGGGGAAAUGGCUGGUCCAGUGGGAUAUGGUACAAGACACAAACUGUACAAUCAAUACCCCAAAGAGUCCAUCACUGACUAAAGAUUAUAACUCAGGUUUUGUUUUAUUAAAACUCACUCAAAACCACAGUUUAUGUGUCAUCCCUUCUAUGGUCAAAACACAAAUGUCUUUAACGCAACCCUAGCUCUGGUUUAACUACGGCUGCACCGUAAUCCAGACACAUUCCAGCCAGUGGUUAUAUUUUGCUUCCAUGCCCAAAGGUGUCACUUCCAUGCACGGACAAUACCUGAGACUUCCCAUUGAAGAGAGUGGGAAGAAGGAUCUUGGGGCUAACACUCAGGGCUUGGGUUCCAUUCCUGGGUCCCAUUCCCAGCUGUGGCACUGACUCACCUUGUGAGCUUUGGUAAGUCCUGCUCCUGUCUGGGUGCCCAAAUUUGCACAUCUAAAGCCAGGGCAAGUAGCAUUUGUGUGCUUCAUAUGGGUGUUAACAACCAAGGCAAAUCUGAAAGCAGACAUGGAAAUGAAAACAAACCAUUCUGUCCAGGGAGAUUGAAAUGUUCUCCUACUGGCUUUUAUAUGUUACCAUUCCUGAUGUCUGAUUUGUGUCCAUUUAGCAACUACACACCACACCACAGAAACACCAACCCAGGAACCAAUCCCUGUAACAAUCCCCCUUGCCUGAAAAAUCCCCAUUGCCUUCUGUGUCACCAUAUCUACUCUAGUGACACCAUCAUAGGACCCAACCACAUCAGCCACACCAUCAGGGGCUCAUUCACCUGCACAUCUACUAAUGUGAUAUAUGCCAUCAUGGGCCAGCAAUGCCCC